GUCAAAAGUCUAUUUGAGAAAUCGAUAAGAUGUCAAGGGCUGAACAACCAUAAUUAAUGAUAAAAGUAAAGCUGUAACAAUCGUGCCGAUCAUGGACUCAUUGAAGGACGAAUCGCAGACGGAGGCAGCUCUGAUUGAAAACCUAUCCACGGAGCACUCGAGAUGCGAGUCACCGAAACGCGGCACCACGCUCUCCACCAGCACCAGCAGUUUCGAGGCACUAGACCCGCACGAUCCAAACCUGAGUCGUCUGGCGAACACAAUGUUCCAGAAGACGGGUGAAUACCUGCAGGAAGAGCUUACCGCUACCCACGUAGACUAUCGGCUGUUGGAGCGUCUGAAUAAAGAGACCAUCGCAAAAUACACGGAACUGAAGAUUAUUUCGUCGAACGUAGUGCAGUCAUUGGAUUCGCUGAAUGACAAGUAUAAAAAGCUACAACCGAUCCUGGAUAAUAUCAAUCAGAUCGAUGACAGCGUCAGUAAAUUAGAACAAGCUGCAUACAAGCUAGCGGCGUAUUCCAAACGACUCGAAGCCAAGUUUAAGGAUCUCGAAAAAGAUACGAAAAACAAAUAAAAUUGUAUAAUUAUGAAUAUGUAAAUCAUUGUAUGUACCUUCGUGUAAUUAUUCUAUAAAUAAUAGGACCAUGUAAUUAUAUAUC